UGGGGAAGGGCUUAAAGGCUGAGUCAAAAGCCAAGAAGUCUCUUUAUUUACGCCUACCUCCCAGCCCCUGGCAAUCUGACUAAUAACAAACUGAGCUAACAGGAAAGACUAGAAAGAACAGAGAGAACACAGGAGCAGCUUGCAUCUUAAAAUCUGACAAACCAAGUGAUCAAGUCAAGCUCUGCUGAGCAUCUUGUUUAUUUACUGCAUCCAAAUGCUUGCAAACAGUUAACUAUAUGCAGAAAAGUCAGCCUAGCUGUGAAGUAUGCUGUGAAUUUUAAUUGAGGAAAAAGGACAACUGCUUGCAGGAUGGUCUGAUGUGCACGGCUGCCUGGAAGAUUUUUUCAGUUGAAUGCUUUGUACUUUGUCUUCUGAACAAGGAUUUUAACUUUGUGGAGCUGUAGUAUUACUAGAGCUUGCAGCAAAGUGAAACUUGGAAGUGUGCAUUUUUCACUGGGAAAAUUUACAUUGCAUGGAAGCAACUGCUCCAACUGUUCAUUGCUGAGUGUUUCAGGGAGUGUUACAGCUGUACAGAAUCUGCUGGACAAGAUGAAGCUUUGGAUUUUUAUUCUAUAUUCAGUUGUGGUUGCAUCUGAUCCUUUCCAGUCACAGUCCUCUUUUUCUUCAGUCAGAGGAUCUUGUCAGAGUCUGUGCUCCUGUGAAGAAAAGGAUGAUACCAUUAUUAUAAACUGUGAUGAAAGAGGCAUCAAGACGGUAUCAGAAAUAAAUGUCCCACCAUCACGGCCUUUCCAUCUUAAUCUGCUAAACAAUGGCCUGAGUAUGUUACACAUGAAUGAUUUUGCUGGCCUUGUUAAUGCUAUCUCUCUACAUCUUGGUUUUAACAAUAUUGCAGAUAUUGAGCCUGGGGCUUUCAACGGUCUCAGCCUUCUUAAACAACUUCAUAUCAAUCACAAUUCUUUAGAAACACUUAAAGAAGAUACGUUUAAUGGAUUGGAAAAUUUGGAGUUUCUUCAAGCAGACAACAAUUUCAUCACAGUGAUUGAAGCAAGUGCCUUUAGCAAACUCAACAGGCUUAAAGUGCUUAUUUUGAAUGAUAACGCCAUUGAGACUCUUCCUCCAAACAUAUUUCGUUUUGUACCAUUGACCCAUUUAGAUCUGCGUGGAAACCAGUUACAGACACUGCCCUAUGUUGGCUUUUUGGAACACAUUGGUAGAAUACUAGACCUUCAGCUGGAAGACAAUAAAUGGGUCUGUAACUGUGAUUUGUUGCAGCUGAAGAUAUGGCUAGAAAACAUGCCUCCUCAGUCAAUAAUAGGUGAUGUUGUAUGCAAUAGUCCUUCAGUUAUUAAAGGCAGCAUCUUAAGCCGGUUGAAAAAAGAAUCACUUUGUCCCACUCAUCCUGUCAAUGAACUUGAAGAUCCUUCAGGGUCACUGCCCCUGGUUGUAACCACCUCUAUCAGUGAUAGUCACCUAUCGACUAAGGUGAUUCCUCUUCUGAAAGCUCCUACUAAAGAACCAAGUUUAGUGCUUCACACUUCAAAGCCUACUACGUUUCCAGGAAUCUCUUGUCCCGUCCCCUGUCACUGCACCAGCCAUAUGCUCUCAGGAGUUCUUAUGCACUGCCAGGAGCGAAAUAUUGAAAGUCUGUCUGAUUUAGGACCCCCUCCUCCAAAUCCUAAAAAGCUUAUUCUAGCUGGAAACAUUAUUCAGACAUUACUGAAAUCGGAUCUGGUGGACUAUACCAGCCUGGAAAUGCUUCACCUGGGGAAUAAUCGCAUUGAAAUCCUUGAGGAAGGUUCCUUUAUGAAUCUGACUAGACUACAGAAAUUAUAUCUCAAUGGCAAUCAUCUUACAAAGUUAAACCAGAAUCUUUUUCUUGGCCUUCAGCACCUUGAGUACUUGUACCUUGAGUAUAAUGCCAUCAAAGAAGUUUUGCCAGGGACAUUUAAUGCAAUGCCAAAACUGAAAGUCCUCUACUUAAAUAACAACCUUCUGCAGGCUUUGCCACCCCAUAUCUUUUCAGGUAUUCCCCUCACUAGAUUAAAUCUGAAAACAAACCAAUUUGCUCAUUUGCCUGUGAGCAAUGUCUUGGAUGAGCUGGAUAUGCUGGUACAAAUUGAACUUGAAGACAACCCUUGGGACUGUACCUGUGAUUCAGUUGGGCUGCAAAAAUGGAUACAAAAACUGAGUAAGAAUACCAUGAUGGGUGAUAUUUUUUGUAAAUCUCCAGGGCAUCUAGCAAAAAAGGAAUUAAAAUCCCUAAACAGUGAAGUCUUGUGUCCAGGUUUAAUAAACAACCCUGCCCUACCAACUCAUGCCAGUUUUGUAGUUGUGACAGCUUCUUCUCCUACUGCCAACACUGCAGACACCAUCCUGCGGUCCCUUACAGAUGCUGUCCCACUUUCUGUUCUAAUAUUAGGACUGCUCAUUGUGUUUAUAACUAUUGUAUUUUGCGCAGCAGGAAUAGUUGUUCUUGUUCUGCAUCGGCGACGGAGGUGCAAAAAGAAACAGGUGGAUGAGCAAAUGAGGGACAGUAGCCCGGUUCACCUGCAGUACAGCAUGUACGGGCAUAAGACAACACACCACACAACGGAGCGCCCAGCUGCAACUCUCUAUGAGCAACGUAUGGUUACCCCCAUGGUUCAGGUCUACCGCAGCCCAUCCUUCAGCCCCAAGCAUACUGAGCAACAACAAGAGGAGGGAAGUGAGAAGGAAGCUAAUGAUUCCAAAUAUCUUCGCCGAAGUCUCCUGGAAAGAGAGAACAGCUCACCGCUUACAGGUCCAAAUGUCAAAUAUAAGGCUACAGAUCAAUCUGCUGAAUUUCUGUCUUUUCAGGAUGCUAGCUGCUUGUAUAGAAACAUUCUUGAAAAAGAGAGAGAACUCCAGCAACUAGGGAUCACAGAGUACCUAAGGAAAAAUAUUGUCCAGCUCCAGCCUGACAUGGAAGUUCAUUAUCCUGGAGCACAUGAAGAGCUGAAGCUAAUGGAGACAUUCAUGUACUCCAGGCCAAGAAAGGUUUUUUUAGAACAAACUAAAAAUGAGUAUUUUGAACUCAAGGCUAACUUACAUGCUGAGCCUGACUACCUGGAAGUCCUGGAGCAACAAACAUGAAGUGAUAAUAUUUUGGGCUGGGGCCGAAUUUCUGUAAUUCUAUUUUAAGUUGGAACCAUUGUAAAUAAAAGUGCCUUAUAAAAACAGGUCAACAGUCAGAACUCAAGCACAGCAGUAAUCCUAGCAAAGAAAAACUCAGGGAUCACUGUGGGAAGCCAUGGGAUUGUGUGCUGGAAAUAUGUCAUCCCAAAUUAAACAUGAAUUUUGUGUGAUUGAACUGUGGGAGGAAGAUUGUUUAUUGCAAUAUUCCUUAUAACUUUAAAAAGGUGUGUAUGGCAUUCCAUUCUGUACCCAAUCUAUGGAAAAAUAUUCAUUACCCUUACUCUUUCUUUUUUUACCCCUCAUUUAAUUAGAUUCCUUAAAAAACCCCCAAAAAACCCCAAUACUUGUGUUUGUAUUUAUAUGGCUAGAGUGUAUUUGUUAGGUUAGUACAUGCACUGCGUACAUGACCACUGUCUACAACUACACCUAAAAUACCCUUAUAAUAAAUAUGAAAGGAGUUGAAAUGUUUUCAUACUAAAUGUUAAUUAAAAAGAAAAAAAGAUAAAAUAUUUUUGUGUGUGCACCCAAAGCCUGCAAAUAUUUAAGUUUUUUACACGGAACUUCGUCAUGUGCAUUCUGUAUCAUAUGUGGAAGGAAAAAUAUGUAAUUAUGUUUACCCAACUUCUUCAACGACAAAAAAGCAAACCUUUUGCUACUUUCUGUCUGAUAGCUUUACCUAAGUUUGGACAAACUUUUCUUGAGCUGCUGCUAUAAAAUAUUGUGCAUCACUGGUGUUUCAACUCAUAAUCCUGGGCAGUUUGAAAGGCUACUGAGAAUCAGCUGUAAAUAUGUUACUGUGUUUAAUAAGUUUGAUUUUUUAUAUAUAUACACACAUGUAUAUAAAUAACUUCUGUGCUGGUUUAAAUGUUCUUGGAGAAAAUGAGUUUGAUGUGUCUAGGAACUUCCAAGUGCAAAUACAGGUCCUUUCCCACCCUACGCAAAAGCAACACUCAGACAGAAUAGCUGCAACAUUACACACACGAGGAAGAAUAAUAAUAUUUAGUUAUUUGUACAAAAAUAUAUUUUCCGAAAUUAGAAGAAAAUAAAGUGUUGUGGGGAAAAUAGGUUAGAAAACCAUAGAACACUGUAGGUUUAUUUUUGCAAUGAAUUCUUGCUAGAUUUAUAUUUACUAUUUAUUCUGUAUAAUUUUGUAUUUUUUUUCCCUCCAACUCACAAGAAAAGAAAAAACUUAUUCCUGGAGGCUUUUCAAGCUAAUCAAGGAACUUUUCCCUAUUAAUGAAAAGGAAAUAAAGAUUUUUUAAAGUGUCUUUUUCUUAAAAGUCACUUUUUAAAGAAGGCAGCAACUUCUGCAUGCCCAAGUUUAAAAUUAUUUGGGAAUUAAACACAAUGCUUCUCACUCUUUUCAUGUGGACAGAAGCAUCUUAUGCUGAGUGCAGUAAGGCCAUUCAAUCUCUGUGCAUGACUGACAUGGUGCCAAAAGAAAAUUUCUGAUUUUCAUUUAUCUUCCUCUAAGCAAAUCUUUUGUAAACUGACUAUGCAUGAUUCUUUUUUCUAAUUCUCAAUUGUAAAGUGAAAGAUCAGCUUUAUUACUACAUGUCUACAUAUGUAUGCUAAAUUUAGCAUUGAAGUCUUUACUCAAAGUAAAAAGAUAUAUUCUUUAUUUCA